ACACUGCAGUGUUAUAGCGGCAUCCAGACUCUAAACCCCCUGGCAUAAACCUCUGCGAUCAGAUCAUGAGCUACCCAACUAAGAACACAGCUGAUCAGAGCAACCCCAUCCAGCCUGCAGUGGGAAUAUCCUACCCUCCCACUGAGGAGCAGAAGGCCAGUGUCAUGAGUUUUGCAGCCUCUCAGAAUGAUGGAAAGCCUACUCCUUAUGCCUCUCAAGUACAGAGUGCUUCUGAUAGGAACAUCAACAGGGAUCACAUUCCGACGCAGAAGGAAAAGGAAGAUGUUAUGAGUUCUGAGGCCUCAAAAAAUUACGGAAAGCCAACAGUGUUUGCCUCCUCUGUACAGAGUCAAGCAGACAAAUUCAACCCAAAGUAACUUCAGGGACUUUUAGUCUUUAGCUGUAGAUGCAUAGCUACGUUAUAUAUAGUAUAGCAAUGAGGUGUGGACACUUGAAACUUUGACAGUAAAACAGGUACAAUGGCUAUCAGUAAGUUGAAUCUUCGUCCUUUAAAGCGAGUCCUAGGUGUAGAUGUAUCGUUUG